UCUUGUGACAUCCGAUACCCUAAGGGGAUGCCAAGACCUACCUCAUCAUUUUAUAUUACCGAGGUCUAUGGGAUCGACAAAGGUCAUUGAGAAACAAUAUGCUUGUCGUCUCUCUUUGAACUUCUUUCUCGUCCUUUCCUUCUGUCAGUGUUGGAUGAUAUCCGUUGACCUGCUGGUGCAAUCUCCGACGAAUUUUUUCAGGCCACGGUUACAUCCACCUAACCAAUCUCCGACUAGUUCGUGCGCUACGACGGCACUAGUGUCGUGAAACUGGUCGAGAUGGCGCUAAUAUUAUCGGCACAGGCGAUACGAAAGAAGCCCGAGUUUGACCGAGUCCGCACGCCAUCGUUUGGCGCACCUUGGAGAAGGACAACGCCGACCUCCUCCACUUCCCCGACCGGAACGUUCCCACAGCUUCCCACAAAACCAUGACAGAUUCACCCGCUCAACCAGCAACACCUGCGGUCCACCAUCCCGCACGGGCCCCAGUUGCUUGUACGCAAUGUAGACAAAAACGUCUAAAAUGCAAUUCCGGCUAUCCGCAGUGCUCGCGGUGCUUGUCCGCGGGGUCCAACUGCACGUAUAUCCCCUCGCGCCGUGGGCAACGGCCGCCUAAAAACCGACCCGAGCUGGACUCGGUCUCGCAGCAUAUAUCAACCUUUGCCAUCCAGACCCCGCGAUCCUCCUUUCUCCCCGCCACCCCGAAUACGGCGCUGCCUCUCUCCCUCGCAGACACCCCGGCACCAGGCGAGGUAUCGCAGCCGGUGAACCUCGCUCCCGGUCCGGCCUCGACGGCCUCCCCACUGACCAGCUUCACCACCACGGCCACCACGGCAUCUCGCCUCCAUUACAAUGAACGUCUGGUCAACUAUUACUUCAGCAACUUCCAUCCCGCGCAUCCCAUCCUCCUCCCGCACUCCCUCUACGCCACGCAGGGUUACCCGGACUACCUCCAGGCGGUGGUGCAGUUCGUCGGCAGCCACUAUGCGUCGAACCCGGUCGAUUGGCAAACGCGGGAGGAAACCAUCCAGGCAAUCAUGAGUAGCAAUAGCCCGCAGACGCCCGAGAUGGUCCAGGCCCGGUUGAUCUGCGCCCUCGCGAUCCACGCCCGAUACGAGCUCAUUGACUCCUUCACCAUCUUCCAAGCGGCAACCGACCUGGCCAUUCAACUGGGCAUGGACUGCGCGAGCUUUGCCGUGCAGCAUGGGAACCAGAACCACAUGCUCGAGGAGAGUCUGCGGCGGACGUGGUGGGAGCUGGUCUUCAGCGAAGGCAUUCUAUCCGGUCUCUACCGACACCAGCGAUUCACCCGUGCGACAUAUUUCUCCGACGUCCUCCUCCCCUGCGAGGAGACCGACUAUGAGAACCUCACCAUUCCCGACCCAUCCAACCUCGUCUCGCUGACCCAAUUCGACAAGAGAAUCUUUAAUCCCAACAGUGUCGAAUUUUCCUCGUACUCAUAUCGCAUCGAAGCCGUCCGCAUCUUCGUCAACGUGCUUACCCUCACGGAGCCCGACUCCAACAUGCGCCCGUCGCAAGUUCACGCCGUGGACCACGCCAUCGCGGGGUGGAUCCAUCAUCUCCCAGACGGGAAGGGAGAUAUCUUGCAACCGGACGGCAAAGGGGACGAGAUGCUCUUCCAGGCGUACAUGAUCGUACAAUACGCCAGCAUGUUCUUGCAUUUCCCGCGCAGCGAUCUUAUCUCGAUGCUCCCGAAUCCGGACAUCGCGUGUGCACAGAACGAACCCCAUGUGUCGCCAACGACUUCCCAACGUCUCCACGGGUUGAAAGCAAUUGUUGCUUCCAAGUGGAUUUUUAAUCUGGCGGCAUUGCGGCUCCCGGUGAUCAAACACACGCCCUUGUUUAUCUGUGCGCUGCUGAGUGCGGCGAUCGUGCAGUUGUCGGCGUUAUCCAAGAGGAGUCAAGACGAGAAUAUCGAUAUCACGGAGUGCUAUGAUUCCAUGUACUUGGCGAUCGGGGUGUUGAAGUCGUUCAGUAAACAUUGGCCCUUAGGGCAAUCUGCUUUGCAGGAACUGCAGAAGGUGGCCAGCGAGGUUUUAAAAGUGCAAACGACGACACAGGCCUUACCCGAAGACGAUGGGUGGACUUGUAAUAUCGACUUUGAAGGGGUUCAAGGGUUAUUGAAUAUUAAUCGCGAUAUAGCGGGUUGAGGAAAGUUUGGUAGAGAAACUUUAGUGCCGGUGGGGAUUGUGUUAGUUAGCGUG